AUGGAACCCUGCAACUCUAUAUAUACGGGAAGGAAUGAGAGUGUGCAACAGAUUGUUGAUGAAGGCGUGGACAUCAAUGGAGACCAGGAUGGAAGCGUUCUUCUGGAUGCGGCAUCUAGAGGAAACACAGAUAUUGUACAGCUACUUCUUCAGAAUGGUGCGGACGUCAAUAUACAAGGCGGCGAGUAUGGGAGCGCUCUCCAGGCGGCAGCAUUCGAAGGAAACACAGACAUUGUACAACUACUUCUUCAAAAUGGCGCGGACGUCAGCGCACUAGGAGGCUGGUAUGGGAACUCUCUCCGGGCGGCGUCAUUUAAAGGCCACACAGAGAUUGUACAGCUACUUCUUCAAAAAAGCACGGAUGUCAACGCACUAGGAGGCUACUAUAGGAACGCUCUUCAGGCGGCGGCAUCCAGGGGAUACACAAAGAUUCUCCAGCUACUUCUUCAGAAUGGCGCGGACAUUAACGCUCAAGGUAGUAGCGAGGGGCGAACACCGCUCCAUCUUGCAGUAGAGGUAGGCGCUACGUCUGUUAUUACUAAUAUUCUUGAAGAAAAUGCUCUUCCUGAUAAGCUUGACAAAGGCCAUGAAACCCGCUCCAACUUGCGGUCCGGAAGCGUCAUCACGAAAUUGUGA